AUGUCCGAAUACUUUGUUAUAGGCAAAUACUAUGUGGUCGAUUCUGGUUAUGCAUCAACAUCAGGAUUUUUAACACCUUUUAAAGGUGAUCGGUAUCAUAUAAAUGAUUUUAGACGAAAUGCAAGGCCUACAAAUGCAAGAGAGCCUUUUAACUAUAGACAUUCUUCACUUAGGAACGUCAUUGAGAGAUCAUUCGGGGCUUUGAAGAAUCGCUUCUUCAUUUUAAGACGUAUGCCUCCAUUUUCAAUUAGGAAGCAGGCACAUAUUGUCAUAGCGUGUUGUGCCAUUCAUAAUUACAUCCGCGACCAAGAUAGGAGCGAUAGAAACUUUUCUGAAUAUGGAGAUCCCGAGUAUGUGAAUGAAUCUAUGCACGAUGAGGUGACAGAUGAUGUUAUAUCGACCGAGGAGGGAACCGAGAUGAGCAUUCUCAGAAAACGUAUUGCCAAUAAAAUAGCGAGGGAUCAUGGUAUGGAGGAGAUUCCAUGA